AUAAUCAGCUGAAGCAGCUCUUGUGCCACGCAAAAUAAUAAAUGAGUUAUUUUUUAAUUUAAAUCAUAUACGGCCAAGUCAAAUAGGUAAACAUUGUGCUAGGGAGCGUGCAGCAGCGGGACGAAGACAGCAGGCAGCAUGUCGUGGCUUAACAACAGCCUAAACACCAUCAAAGGACAACUGACGAACUUGGCCCAGGAGGUGUUGGCCGACACCGCCGGACCCGGCGAUGAGGAGUACCGCGGAUCGGAUGUGAACACCAAAACGGCACUCGAACUGCUCACCGAGACGCAAUUGCAGAAGGAGCAGCUGGACAAGGCGUGCGAGGAUAAAGAUCGGGAGAUUGUCGCACUACGCAAGCAGAUUUCAACACUGAAAGGCCAAAAAAUUAGCGAUAGCGACGCAAGUGGCAAAGUUGAUGCCACAUCGGCGAGGCACAGCGAGGCAAAGUCGUCGCAAGCAGGAGAUGAUCAGAAUGUGGAGGAUAGUUGGUGCUGGGAGCCUGCGGGUUCCGAGGCCACGGGCACAACAGUCAAAGGGACUACAGUGGAGCCAGGCAUGGUGGACGUUGCACUUGUCAGUGAAUCGGAUGUGGCCAAGUUGAAUGCGAUAAUUGCAAGUCUGGAGCAACAAAAUGGAGAGCUGCGUAGUUCACUGGAGGAAUUGGAUGCACAGCAUGAGCUGGCAAUGCAGGAUGUGCUCAGUCACAAGACGCAGUUGCAGACGCAGCUGACGGAGUUGAAGAAUCUUCAGGCGGAUCACCUGGUGGAGCAUGAGCUGGCGAUGGCCAGGCUGCAGGCGCAGCUGGUGGAGGAGCGGGAGCGACAACGAAGCGCCGCACAGGCACAGUUGGAGUUGGAGCAGCGGGUGGCGGAACAGGAUAAGGAACUGCAGCGCAGUGUCCUGGAACUGGCUGAGAUGCAGCAGCUGCUGGACAAACGAGGCGCCGACAAUGGUGAGCUAAUCGAGCGAGUGCGUCAGGCUGAUGGGGAGCGAGAGAAACUGCAGCGGGAACUGGACGAGCUGGCGAAAUUGGCCAAGGAGAAGAAAACAUCCGAGUCAUCGAACAGCUCAUCGACCGGGAAGCACAGCGAGGAUGAGUUCAUUGUGGUGCGCAAUGCGGAUGCGGCUGGUUCCAGCUCCGAUCCAGAUCCAGAUCCCGAUGCGGAUGUGGAUGCCACCACUCCGCCCUCCAAGGAGAAACUGCGCGACAAACUCGUCUCGCUGGAGGCACACAUUGCCGAGCUGAAGGCGGACAAUCUAAAGCUGCAGGAUGGAGAACUGGAGCGACAACUCUCCGGCAGUGUGCUCAACGAGCAGCUGUCCGAGCUGGAGAAGCGUCUGCGCAUCAGCGAGAGCGAGAAGGAGCAACUGCAGCUGGAAUUGCAGCGCAAGCUGCAACAGUUGAUGCUCCAGAAUCAGGAACUCAAGCUCAGCGCUGAAGCGGAUCAGGAGACGCAUGCCAAUGAUCUGGAGCAGCAACUGGGUGCACUGCGUGCAGAGAAUAGUCAACUGCGUCAGGAUCUGGAUGCCAGCAUUGCCCAGGCCAAGUUUCGUCAGGCCAUUGCCGAGGAGAAGCAGGAGAUCACGGAUCUCGAUCUGGAUGUGGAUGAUCCCGCUGAUAAUGAUCCGCACAAGCUGCGCUCCUUGUUGGAAGCUCUUCUCGCCGACAACUCGGAGCAGUCGCUGGAACGCACUCAUCGUUUGCUGAACGAACGCUGGCAGCGAUUGGACAGCACCGAGCAGAGAUUGGUCGAUCUGCAGGAUCAGCAGUUGAUCGCCGAUCAUGAGAAGAAGACCCUGGAGGCGGACAUCUCGCAAUAUAUUCUACAGUGCGAUGAGCUGAUGAAGAACAAUGAGUUGCUGCUCAAUGAGCUGGACAAGUUCAAGCGCAACAAGCUGGAGACCAUCGAGGAGCAUCACGAGGAGACCAUUGCCCAGCUGGAAUCACAGCUGGAGGAGGCCCAAUCCCAACUCCAGCGUCAGCAACAACAAUUACAGCAGUCAACGACAGCUGGCGAAAACAAGGAGCAACUGCAGCAUAUGGAACAACUGAGAGCAGAGCUUAAAUACAAGGAGCUGAAAUUGCUGGAGAGCACAGAACAUAGCCUACAAUUAAUGACGCAGCUGGAAGAGCUCAAAGAGCAGCUAGAGCAACUUGAGCAGAUGCCCGAGAAGAACUCCCAACUGGCUGAGCAGCUGGAGAAGCUGAAGGCAGCUAAAGCAGCUCAAGAGGAGCAGCUCCAUCAGGUGACUGAUCAAUUGCAGUUCAAGGCACAACAGCUGGAGGAGAUCGAUGUCCAGCUGACAGAGCAAGCAAAGCAAAUGAAGCAAAUCUACCUGGAGCUGGAGGAGAAGACAAAGCAACUCCAGGAGAGCACACAAAAUGGCGAGAAGCUAAACUCACAGCUGGAGCAGCUGAAGGCGCAACUGAAGCAGGCCAGGGAAUCCGUCGAGCAGAGCAAUCAGGUGGAGCAACUGACACAGCAAUUGGAGCAGCUGCAAGCAGAACUGGAGCAAUCAAGGGAACUCCACUCACAGCUAGAAUCCAAGCAGAGGGAACUCCAGGACUCCAAAGAAUUUAAUAAGCAAUUAAAUUUAGAACUUGAGCAGCUGCAAGCACAAUUGGAGAAUCCCGAACACAGCAGACAAUUGGAGCAACUGCAGCAGCAGUUGGAGCAGAAGGAGCAGCAACUAUUAGAGCUGGAGGAGAAGCAGCUGCAGAGCGAGCAGUUGAAGUUGCAGCUGGAAGAGCUCAAGGAGCAACUGCAGCAGGCUACGAAAUCCGCCGAACAGAGCACACAAAUGGAGCUGCUGUCCAAGGAGGAGCAGCUGGAACAGCUCAAGGAAGCACUCACACAACUACAGCAGACACUCGACACGCUGACCAACGAGAAGCUGGAGCUGAUCAAGGCGCUGCAGCAGAAGCAUGCGGAGAAUACACAAUACUAUGCGGAGAUUCAACGAUUGCAGCCGCUGGAGCAACAGCUGGCGGAGCAGCACAAGGAACGCGAGAAGCUCUGCGAUCAGAUUAAUUUUCUCAAGGAGAAGUCCGACAUACUCACCACAAAUCUGCUGACGGAGCAAACGAAUCAACGGCUACUGCAACAGCAGCAGGUCGAAUCUCAGGAGCAACAGGUGAAUGUGCAACGUGAUCUGGAACGCUUGCGUGCCCAUCUGCUCGAGAUCGAGGAGCUGCACACCCAGGAAAGUGUCGAGUUGCAGCGUGAAUUGGAUGAAUCACGUGCCAAGCAGACGGCUCUGCAACAGGAGGUAUCCAAGUCCAGCACCGCUUACACCUCAGCCAGCAUUCGAGCCAAUCAGCAGGCCGAGACGUUGCAGGCACAGCAUGGUCUGCUCUUGCAACAACGCGACGAGCUGUUGGCCAAGUUGGGACAGUACGAGGAUCGCGAGUUGAAGCAACAGGCGGCGUUGACCAAUCUACAGUGCGCACUGGAACAGUUCCAGAAUGACAAGCAACAUGACAUUGAGACGGCCAAGCAACGAAUGCGUCGAGAGUUGCAGGUGCAGCUGGAGGAGCAAAUGUCGCUGCAACUUGAGAUGGCUGCAAUGCAGCAGCAAUUGGCGGAUGCCAAUCAGGGAUUACGGGCUGCGGCACGUCUCUCCGAUCAGCUGGAAGCCGGACAGCAGACAAUUGCCGUGCUGCGGGAUGAAGUGGACAGUCUGAAGGAUGCCAAUCUGAAGCUGGAGAAGAGUCUGAACAGCAGCGAGUCUAGUCAGACGGACAAGAUUGACAAGAGUCUCAUUAAGAGCUUGUUGAUUGGUUAUGUGGUUAGCGGUCAUGCCGGUGAUAAGCAGCAGGUUCUACGCAUGAUAUCCUCCGUGCUGGACUUUAAUGCCCAAGAGUCCGAAAAGGUCGGUCUCAACAAGCCCCAAAACAGUUGGCUUGGCAACAUUCUAGGCGGCAGCAGUGGCGGCUCCUCUUCCCAAAGUUCAGGUAAUGAGAAUCUGUUGCAGGCAUUUGUGCAAUUUCUGGAGCAGGAAUCACAGCCACAAUCGUCGGCGCAAUCGCGACCUGCGUUGCUGAGUAUGGCCAAACAGGUGGAGGCAGCUCCAGCCACUGGUGCCACAGGAGCAACCCCAGGAGCAACAGCUGUGGCAACAGCAGCAGCUGCGGGAGGGGCAGCUGGAGCAGCAACUGGCAGCAACAUGCAGCAGACCGCGUUGCAUGCCACAGCAGCGACGCCCCCAACGCCGCCGAUGCAGUCGCUGCUCAUGAGCAGCAAUGAAUUUGCUCCGACACGCAAUUCCAGCUCGAUAUUAAAGGAUAUUCUCAACGACUCCUGAUUGUUGUAGAAUGUCCUGGCAGUGUGUUUGUUUGUGUGUUUGCCUGUCUAAUUACAUCUUUUUUUUUGUUUCAAUUAAAGUUAAUUCAUAUUAAAUUUAAUAAUUGUGCAAUUUAAGACCCCAAAAUGCGUAUCGUUUAUCCCAUUCGAGCAUUCUUUAAGGCUAACUAUAACCCCCUCAAAUAAUGUAACCCCUCCUGAAUGUAUGUAUGUGCUACGCAAGCGCAACUGUAAAUAUGUAAUAUGCAAUAUAAUAAUAUCAUCGUAAAGGACACCGAACGGUUUUUGGUGUCCCGAUAUGCGAUCGAUGCGCCUUAGUAGCAGCAAAUGAAAAUAAAUAAAAACAAUAAUAUAUUAUGUAAACUU